AUGAAUGUUCCAUAUGAAAAAAUCCAGGAAAAUCAGAUAAUUGAUCAGUAUGCAAUUUCAUUACUCGAUAUUGCUGAAUAUUUUCGAACUUCGAAUCCACCCAAAUAUAAAAUGGCAAUUAAAUGUGUUAAGGCUUGUUUUAAAACUCCAAUUUCUCAAGAAAUGAACGCUUGUGCGUCAUUUGAGCUUGGCAAACUGUAUUUUUAUUACACGCGGAACAUCGAUCUCGCGAAAUUCUAUUUAGAGCAAGCGUAUCGCUGUAUGAAAGAACUGGGCACAGUACUGACAAAAAAUCGUAUUGAAACUGCAUGUUUAUUAUCGGAAGUUUAUAUGCAGUUGAAAAUGUAUGAACCAGUUAAACAAAUCUUGAAAGAAGAAGUCCCUUAUUCUCGUGAAUUUCAUCAAUUCUAUGCAUGGCUUUUGUUUCUGUUGGCUGAAGCUUAUGGCACUACGGGCGAUUGGUAUAAUGCAAAUGAAAUUAUUUCAACCGGGAUAACUAUUUUUGAGCAACUUGAAAAUGCACCACUUGAGUGCUUCUUUCGGCUAUCUCAAGCAUUGGUAAAAACUCUUCUGAAAAACACAAAAACUUGUCUUCGUCAGCUUCAGUCACUCGUACAGACAAUGAAAUCAACCUAUGACGAAAAUACUUCUCAGUGGCCAUUGUUUGACUGGAUGGGAAAGGAAACCUUAACUGCUUUAACUUAUUUACUUACAGUUAUUCAAAGCAUUCAUAAUUGCCAAAUGCCUAGAGCAUAUAAAUACCAUACAAUUGCUCUUCGUCAUAUCAAUGAUAUGAGACGUCUUAUGGUUAGAAGUGAUUGGCCUGUGAUAAGAAGAAGAGCGCUUGAAGCCUUGGCUGCAUUUGAAAUUAUCCUUUUUGAAAAUAUUGCAACUGCUCAGUUAAUGGUUGCAAAACCAUAUGAAGCCAUUUCCGUGAUAAAUGUGAUGGUUGAGAAAAUGCGGUUAAAUGCUGACUUAUUUAAUUGUUUCGAGCCUCAGCUGCAUACUUUACUAGGAAUAUACUGUUGGUCGGUACGAUUACCAGAAAAUGCUGAACGUCAAUUUCAAGCUGCUCUGAGAACAGCCAAGGAUACCGAUACAUGGAUAGUAAUAAAUUUAAGUUUAGCAAUCGUUUAUCUUUUAACUUGUAAGGGAAGCGAUUUUUAUGGCCUUUUUGAACGUAUUACACCCGGUAAACUACAAUCAAGUUCGCCUCUUCUGAAAGCUUCGGCUCAUUUUGUUCAUGCUCUCCAUUCAUAUCUUCAGUCAAGACUGCAAGAGGCUAAAAGUCAUUUGACUGAUAGUGUAACAAUAGUUCGAGAUGAAGGUGCUCCAAGAAUUCAAGCUUUAGCCACAUUGUUAUCUGCCAAGCUUGUGUCUCUAGAAGCACCUGACAUGCUGCUUGCGGCAAAUAAUUGGGCGGUCAAAAGUGCUGAUAAUUCAUUAAUUUUGUGGUCAAAUCACUUGAUCUACGAAUUGCAAUUGCAAUUCGGCCACACAGAGCAAGCGCAAUUUGUGAAACAGAAAGUUGAUCAAGUACAGCAACGAUUAAAUGCAAAUAUUCAACAGGCUCUCCUUGCGCCAGCUCAUUCUCUUAUUCAGAAUGGUUCGACUCCUGUCAACGAUGAGAAUGAACUUAUUAUAAAAAAAUCUUUAUGA